AUGGCUUCCCACGCAGCUCUGGCUUCUUCAAGAAUUCCAACUAGCACCAGGCUUCUUUCCAAGAACUCCCAUUCAUUUCCUACUCAAUGCUUCUCCAAGAAGCUGGAAGUGGCUGAUUUCUCUGGUCUUAGGUCCAGUGGAUGCGUGACCUUCACCAAAAAUACUAGGGAGGCUUCCUUUUUUGAUGCAGUGGCUUCCCAACUCAAUCCAAAGACCGCAGGAUCAGCCCCUGUCAAGGGACAAACUGUCGCCAAAUUGAAGGUUGCCAUCAACGGUUUUGGACGCAUUGGAAGGAACUUCCUCCGCUGCUGGCAUGGCCGCAAGGAUUCACCACUCGAAGUGAUCGUCGUCAAUGAUAGUGGCGGUGUCAAAAACGCAUCUCACUUGUUGAAGUAUGACUCAAUGCUUGGCACAUUCAAGGCAGAUGUUAAAAUAGUUGACAAUGAAACCAUCAGCGUCGACGGAAAGCCCAUAAAGGUUGUCUCUAACAGGGACCCUCUUAAACUUCCUUGGGCUGAGCUUGGCAUCGACAUUGUAAUUGAGGGAACGGGUGUUUUCGUGGAUGGUCCAGGUGCUGGGAAGCACAUCCAAGCAGGAGCCAAGAAGGUUGUUAUCACUGCACCUGCAAAAGGAGCUGAUAUCCCAACUUAUGUUGUUGGUGUUAACGAACAGGACUACGAUCACGAUGUUGCUAACAUCAUAAGCAAUGCUUCUUGCACCACCAAUUGUUUGGCUCCUUUUGUGAAGAUCAUGGAUGAAGAGUUAGGCAUUGUCAAGGGAACAAUGACAACCACUCACUCAUACACCGGAGAUCAGAGGCUUCUCGAUGCUUCACACAGGGACUUGAGGAGAGCUAGAGCCGCAGCAUUGAACAUAGUACCAACUAGCACUGGUGCAGCCAAGGCUGUGUCACUCGUGCUUCCUCAGCUCAAGGGCAAGCUCAAUGGCAUUGCACUCCGUGUGCCAACACCUAACGUGUCUGUUGUGGACCUCGUUGUGAACGUUGAGAAGAAAGGAAUCACAGCCGAAGAUGUUAAUGCAGCUUUCAGGAAGGCAGCUGAUGGACCAUUGAAAGGCAUAUUGGCCGUAUGCGAUGUACCUCUCGUCUCAGUCGACUUCCGAUGCUCCGAUGUUUCCUCAACCAUAGACUCCUCUUUGACAAUGGUCAUGGGAGAUGACAUGGUCAAGGUGGUGGCUUGGUAUGAUAAUGAAUGGGGAUACAGACAGGCAAUAGUUGAAUGGAAGGACUCGAAACUCGUAAAAUUACAGUAUUUGUCGUAUGUUGGCCCACAAUUUGCAAUCCAGCGCAAAAGGUUAGGUGAUACUUCAAAUUUUUGGCCUUUGAAAUUCAUUCCUCAGUCUAAUAUCUGA